GAGAAACUCGAGUCUCUCACUUCGCGCGACAUGUCGUCUGGCACCACAUCGCUAUCGGGGACUGCUCCCAUAAAGCCCGAGUACAUCCUUGCGCAUUCUGCUCGCGCCGUUCCGGAUGAUGAUGCCGCUGAGGGCAGUACCAGCCAUGUGAACGGCCGUCCAACAGACCAAAUACCUCCAGACGAUGGCCAGACUAGAUCAAGGGGUGGCCGCAAGAAAUGGUCGAAGGAGGAGCGCAAGAAUAAGCGUGGAGCAAACAAGGGCCGUCGCUUCCAAAAGGUCAGAGACGACCUGGAGCUCUGUUGGAGAGUCGCGGUGGGGAAGACGUGUGAAUUUGGCUCCGAGUGA